UAAACAGUUCGUGUAUUCGUGUUGUGUGUUGCACGUUUUUUGGGAAAAACACUGUUGAUCGUUGGUGUUUGAAUUAUGGCAGCACAAAGAGCGUUGCCGCAGAGUAAGGAGGCUUUAUUGAAAUCGUACACGACCAGGUUAAAGGAAGAUGUGAAGUCUAUGUUGGAGAAUUUCGAAGAAAUUAUAAAGCUAGCAAAAGGUGAAAGUGAUUCGCAAUUAUCUCGGAUGACACAAUGUGAACAAGAUACGUAUGAAAUGCACGUCAGGGCAGCCAACAUAGUUCGCGCGGGAGAAUCUCUUAUGAAGCUCGUGUCGGAUAUAAAACAGUAUUUGAUAUUGAACGAUUUUCCGUCUGUAAACGAUGCCAUAGCACAGAAUAGUAAAUUAUUCCGGACGAAACAAGCAGAGUGUGAUCAAAAGUUGGCUUCUUUACGGGACGAUAUGGCUGCUGAUUUAUACGACCUGGAAGAGGAAUAUUAUACGUCGAUAUACAAAUAA